AUGGAGUAUGUUAUGGCCCAAGCUGGAUUGAAAACGAAUCAUCGUGCUUGGUGCUUUUAUUUAUUUAUUAAUAAUCGUGGUCGUAUUGGUUUUUUACGUAUUAAUAUUCUUGGUGGUUGUAUUGAUAUUUCACUUAUUAAUAAUCUUGGUUGUAUUUCUUAUAAAAAAUUUCAUGAUUUUCUAUUUAUUAACGGUUUUGGUUUUGAAGAUUUUUUGAUUUCUAACAAAGUCAUUAGUUCAAAAUCUGAAAUUCCAUCACGCACCACAUUAUCACCUGUUAAUCUCAAUAAAAUAUAUGAUGUUUGUUAUCAAAAAACAAAAGAAUUAUUAAAAUCAUAA